GCCAGGAACAUGGACGCCCAAAUGUCUAUUCUUGUUUUGUUUUCCACACUUAAAAGUUCUUUGGACAAAUAGGCACUUCCGGCUACACCUCGUUACUACUUGUUAGCCCAUGCGCCUGCGCAGCACCACCCUUUUGUUAGCGUCUCUUUGUUUCCUAGUAACGCGCCGUCGCUGCUAAAGGAUCUGCGAAUGUCUAGUUGUGUCGGAGUUCUAAAAAGAACUUAAUACAAUCCGUGCAGGUAACUCCAAGAGACAAUGCGUGCUUGUUGCAUAACCUCAAGAUGGAACAACCAGUACAAAUAGCUAAUGCAUCAGGUGCUGUGGGAAAAUUAGAUACACCAAGAACAAGUAAUCUAAAAUUUCUACGUGAUAAAAGACUGAGUUAUUUUUGUGGAAAAAAUGUUAAAAGCAGCCUAUCGGAAACUGACAAACCCCAACCUGAGAUACAGGAAAGCUUGGUACAUUGCCAACCUAAGAAAUCUGAAAGCCCAAGAAGAUCAUUUUCAACUCCUUCAUCUAAAGCACAACAGCCUUUGACUAUACCUGGCGUGGUCCAAGUAAAUCUUAAUGAUGAAGCUGAUAGUACUCCUGAAAGAACCUUUUCACAACCAAGGCCACAAAGAACAAGCAUUAAGGAACCACUAUCUCAUCGGAGUCUUCUAAGCAGCAGUUUUGUUUCUGGUUUGAAUCAAGAAUUAUUGGAAGAUGCAUAUGUUCCAGAAUCUGAAAAACUUCAGCAUGUCAUGGGUUGGGCAAGAAAGUUCCUUAAGAAAUGUGAUGGAGAAGAAUACUCACAAACUGUUACAAACCAUAAAGAUGUUUCCUCUGGAGAUAAUUUAGCAAUGGCAAAAAAUAUAACUAAAGAGCCUAAAGGAAAAUCAAAUGUUGAUCCAUACAAACUAUCUCGUGCAACUCCAUCUGUCUCCUUUAAUAUGGUUCAACUCACCAACUCUUUAGAAAAUAAAAAAAAUGUGCAUAUAUCAGACAACCUUUUGUCCUCUUUGGAGUCUUUUGCUUUGUCUGAUGAUUUUGGGGAAUGUAACAGCAGUGACAUGAAAAAGCUUGUUAAUGAAGAAGAAACCAGAGAAAUAUUUUGUGGGGAACAACACUUUAAGCAAAAUGUGACAGUAAUUCCAACGUUAUUGUCUGACACGAAAAGUAUAGAUACAUUUACCAAUAGCAAUUAUCACUGGAAUAGCUGCCAGGAAGACAAAGAAGCUGAUCAUUUAUUGGCAUCAUUUCCAUCCAUGGAAAGAAAUGGAAUUGAACCAAAUGCUUACAAAAAUAGAUGUUUCGAGACAAAAUCUGAUUGUGAAGAGAAAAAUUAUCAUAGAGAUAGAGGUAUAGUUGAUGUCAAACACACUAACAUUUUGGAUUCUGAUUCAGAGAAUAGCACAGUAAAAGACUCUGGCAUAAACACAACCUAUUUUGAAAGACUUAAAGGUAGAGCAAGCUCUGCGGUGUCUACUAUUGACACAGAAAGACUUGAUACUCUUCUAUUAGAUCUUGGAAUGAACCAUAAACGGUCAGAAGAGAGAAGUCAUCCCUCAGACGCUGAUGGAUCAUGGACAGACAGAACAUUCUUAGUGAAACGAUUUGUAGAAUCUGAGACGACAGGAAGGGAUAUCAUUGUGAAGUCAAAUACUGGCAGUUCACACAAUGAAAACCCAGAGGAACAGUCUUACAUCAGCCACUUACUUAAGCAUUUACCAGAUGACAUUUCCACCAUAUCUUCUAAACUGUGCCCUGUGUGUGACUUCCUAAACAAUUCAGGGGCAAGCUCGUGCACAGAAUGUGGCUCAAUAUUAAUUGAUUCACAAACAAAAAUGAAUGAAAAACAGACAGAUGUGAAAAUGCAAAUAAAACAAAAAAGAGACCAGGAUGAAAGGUGUUUUACUAGGAGACCCAAUGACUUUUUAAAUUAUAGCAGAAGUUUUGAUGAAACAUCUGCAGCAAAUCCAAAUGCUAAAGAUAAAAAGAAACCAAUAUGGGAGGAAAAAUCAGAUGUAAAUUCUGAUGGUAAUGAGAGUGUGUUGGAGAAAUAUUUCUUUUAUGUGAACCACUUAGAGAUGAUUAAGAGCCAAGAACAAAAGUCAGGGAGAAAACUUUUGCCAGCCAACUACAGCUCAAGUGACUUGUCCAGUGAAGACUCUUUUGAAGACCAUAUUGGAGUUUGUUCACCAAGCAGAACAGCAGAGCUGAAUUGUAGGUUUCUUUCAGAAAGUGAUUCAGAAGAAGAUGAAACACACUUUUUAGAGGGAGCACAAGUUACAAUAAAACCGGAGUUAGUUUACAAUAGUCAACAGGCAAUGGGGAAAGGCCAAACGUCAUUCAGCAACCAUUUGAAAGAACUUGGAAUGAGAAAACCUGGCCCUAGAGCUGAAAAAGAUCUGAUUGAUUCCCUAGAUAGAAAGCUGCCAAAGGACAUACAUAUUGCAUCCAAAGUGACUGGUUCUAAGAGACACUGGGAGAAGUCCAGUAUUGCAUGGGCCUCAUACACACAUGGAGAGUUGAAGACAAGAUCACCUGAUAUUCGGAGACCAGAUUCAGCUGAAGCAAAAAAAAGGACCUCAAUCAAUAAAAAUCAAGGGGAUAAUCAUGCAGGUGCUGGGACUGAACAUUUUGGCAGCGGCAAAUACAGCAAAUUUAAUGAGAUGCCAAAAUGGGACACUCAGAAAGACAGUGGCUGUAUGUGGCUCCUGCUUCCAGAUGAACUAUGGAUAUUCAUUUUUUCCAAGCUGCCACACAAAGAUCUUUCAAAGGCUGCUCAAGUGUGCCAGAGAUUCUGUCAUAUUGCAAAUGAUGCCAGCUUAUGGAAGAUUAUCGAGAUUACAAAUUGCCAUUCUCUGAAUGACAAUAAUUUGGUGAGCAUAGGGCAUCAUCACCCCGAGUCACUAAAGCUGAAUCAUUGUCAUGACAGUGGCCAGUGCAUUACAGAUGAAGGUCUGAGAAAGCUUUUCCAGAAUUGCAAGGAUUCUCUAAAGGACCUGAAGAUAACAAACACCAGUGGCGCGAGAUUUGAAGGGGAUGCCAUUUUGUUUCAUGCCAGCAUUUACUGCAGAAAGCUCACCUCUGUUGAUAUAAGCUGGACUGCAGCAACUGACAAAGGAGUUAUUGCUGUUAUAGAGUCCAGUCCACAAGUGCAAAAUCUGUCUGUGAAUGGCUGUAAGAUUACAGAUCAUACGAUCACUGCCCUGGUGAAGAAGCAUUCAAGAAGCCUUGUUAAAUUAGAAGUAUUUGGUUGCCAUGCUGUCACUGCAAGAUGCUUGUGCACCGUGGUCACUGAAUGUGUAUAUCUGCAGUGCUUGAACAUUGGCAGAUUACCAAAAGUCACUGAUGUAUGUCUAGCAAAGAUAGCAUCAAACCUCAACAGACUGACUAUGCUCAAUGUGACAGGGCUUAAUGUGGUAAGAGACCGGUCAGUUCACCAUAUUGUAAAACAGUGUUUAAAGCUUGAAAAUCUCACUCUUAGUUCAUGCUCUCAAGUAACAGAUGUCAGCUUGGUUGAAAUUAGCACUUACCUUCCAACCAUCAAAUAUCUUGAUGUAAGCGGUUGCAAAAAGGUAUCGGAUAUUGGCAUUCAAGCGUUGGCUAGAAGCUGCAAACAAAUUUGCCAUUUGGAUCUUAGUUCUACAGGGACAGGAAAGAGAGGAGUGUGCUUGCUAGCUAGCUAUUGCUGUGCCAGUCUGGAAUGCCUAAAGCUUAGUUUCUGCAAGGAUGUUACAGCUGAUGCCAUUGAAAAGCUCUGCAAAAACUGUAAACGGUUAAAGAUGCUGCAUUUAUACGGUUGCCGUAUUUCUCCUGAUAUUGAUUCCAUCAAAAAAUUCAGUAAAGACUUCAAGAUUUUUCAUGAUUUAUCUAUCCCUGCUGCAAAAAUUUUAGAAACCAGGGUGGACAGUGAGGAACAUUCUUCACAGGAAAAGACACCAUGGGGAAGAGUUACAAAAGGUCAAGAAUUAUUCCCUAGACCGAUCCUGACCAAAAAUGUAGUUUUUCCCGCAGGUCUAGAUUUUUUCACUGUCAUAAAAGUUGACUAAAAUCUUAACGAUCAUAAAAGUCUUGUGUC